AUGACGCAGGCCGUGAAGCGUGCUUGCGAUGCUUGCCAUCGUCGCAAGGUCAAGUGCGACGGUGUCAACCCAUGCCGCAACUGCGGUCAGGCUCAGCUGUCGUGUACCUACAAUGCGAUCCCCCAGAAGAAGGGACCCAAAGGUUCCCGUGCCAAGGUCAUUAGCGAGUUGAGAGAGACACAACGACAAACGAGUCUGUCAGCAAAGGUCCAAAAUCGAAUCAAUGGAGGCCCAAGUUCACCACCCAACCCCGGUUUGGCCCCGACCCCAGGGUUACUGACCAGCGAACUGGUCAAGGAGUGCAUCGCCUUCUUCUUCGACAACCUAUACCCACAGCUACCGAUCCUCGACCGUAACUCUGUGGAGCAGCAGGUGCUUUACAUGGAGCAGAACCGUGACGCCUACUGCCUAUUGACUUCGCUCUGCGCCUUCGUCAUGCUCCAGCCUGGCAUGAACAUGCCUUCCGGUGAUCCUUACAACCUCGAUUUGUUACCAGGAGCAACGAUCGUCUCGAGCCAGCUUCUUGUUGAGGAGGCUAUCAAAGUGCGUAAAGGCUACGAAUAUCUCGACUCCAUCAGCCUGAACGUCCUGGCCACAAACUUCUUCCUCUUCGCAUGCCACUAUGGACUGGAGUCGCACGAUCGUGCCUGGUUUUACCUUCGUGAGGCUUCCACCAUGAUCCACCUGACUGGCAUGCACCAGGAGGAUCACUAUAUGAAGCUCGAGUCUGUGGAAGCUUCACGUCGUCGCCGACUAUUCUGGCUGGUCUACGCCACCGAGAGGGCUUAUGCACUCCAGCGUAGCCGUCCUCUAACCCUGCAGGCGACUAUCAAUUUACCCACAGUGAAUGAUGACAUGAUGGAUCCCCUUGCUCAUCAGCUCAACGGCUUUGUCGUUCUAAGCAAUCUCUUCAAGCCCUUUGACGACACCUUCAACAACACCUGGAGCAAGGCUCGCCACAACUUGUCGCCGCAAUACCUGUCCGGCUUGCAGAAGCAGCUUACCGAUCUUGUGCAGUCCUAUCUUUGCCAGGAUGCCAACUUUACUGAUGCCCAUACGAACCAGCAAUGGCUGAAGAGCACCAUUUGGCAGCUUACAAACGGUGCCGUCAGCGGUGGGAAUGACGACUCCAUGUCUUAUCAGUAUUCCGGCAAUAUGUCUCGGGACCUGCUGAUGAGCAUGGCCUCGCAAUUCCCUAGCCAGGGCAUGGAGCUCCUAAACUCAGGACUGAUUGAGAAGUUGUUGGAAGUGACACACUCCGCUGUUGAGUUUCUCUCACUUCAGCCCGCCUCGCGAGACCCCUUCGCUGUCGGCCCUCGUGAGCACAUGAACCAACUCCUAAGCGUCGUCGCUAUGUCGCGCAACGGUGACCACCGCUUCCUUCCCCUUCUUUUGAGCAAGGCACACGAAAUUCUGCCUCGACUUGUCAGCCCAAUGCUCCAGAACGCCCCCGAGAACCCGAACAUGGCCAACGUCGAUAUCUUUGAUGGCUUUGGCAAUGCCGGGAUGGCUCAACCUCCACAGCUCCAGCUCGCCAUGGACAGCGAUUAUGAUCGCAAGUUCCCCGUUGAGGAAUACGAUAAGAACUACGCGAUGGACCUGAGCACCGGCACACCGGAAUCAGUGGGUAACACCAGCUCCAAUGGUGUCCCAUCCACUGCUCCUCAGAACUCUGAUCUAGGCAGCUCUUUCGUCAGCUCACCUGGAAUCAUGUCGCCAACCGUUGAGUACCCCCCUGGCAUGAAUAACUUUGCCUGUACUCCAAUCAUCAAACGCAACACCAGCACCAGCAUAUACCCAUCAAUCAAGGACAUGAGGGGAUGCGACAACAUCACAUGGGUGGCAUACCGCAAAACAUGCACAGCCAGCCCAUGA